UCAGGGUAGGAUGGUGUAUUUUCAGAACCCUGAAAAUGCCCUUAAAAGAGCCAAAGAGUUUAUAGAGGUAAACAAGAAGAAUGAUGCACUGGACACGUUGCACGAGGUGCUGCGCAUGCGCAGACAUCGUCAAUACCAGCACGAUCUACACGAGCCUAUCAUAACGCUCUACUUGUCUCUGUGUGUGGAGCUGAAGAAGGGGCAUGCUGCCAAGGAGGGUCUCUAUCAGUACAAGAUACUUACUCAGAAUACUGACAUCAACUCUCUGGAGAAGGUUAUCAGACGAUUUGUUCACACAGCAGAAAACAGGGCCGAGGAAGCGAGCAAAGAAGCUAAGUCCUCUAAAGGAGACAUGGCUAAUGUAGACGAUCUAGAUAUGCUGUACACUCCUGAGAGUCUGAUGUUAGCUACUGUAUCUGGAGAGGAUGACCAGGACAGAGCUGACAGAACUGUGCUCACACCCUGGGUCAAGUUCUUGUGGGAGGUCUACAGACACGUGCUCGACAUUCUCAAGAACAACAACAAGGUCGAGAAACUCUACCAGGACAUGGCACAGCUCGCGUUCACAUUCUGUAUAAAGUACGAGAGGAAGACAGAGUUUAGAAAGUUAUCAGACAGUGUCAGGAACCAUCUCAACCUGAUAAUCAAACACUCCCACCAAACCAACUCUAUCAACCUCAACGAUCCUGUAUCUCUGCAGUUACAUCUCGAUACCAGGCUAUACCAGCUAGAUUGUGCUAUCAAGAUCAGUCUCUGGCAGGAAGCUAUAAAGACGAUAAACGAUAUCCACAGUUUGAUGCAGCUGAGCAAGAAGAAACCAAAACCCCAGGCUCUUGCGAACUACUACAAGAAACAGGCUCUGGUCUUCAGCAAGGCUAACAACAGAUUAUUUGAGGCAUGUGCACUGAUGAAGCACUAUCAGUUAGUGUUCGACCAGAAGAAAACAGCAACUAUACAAGAGAAACAGAUGUUAGCAUCUGGUGUACUUAUGGCUACACUCGCUAUACCUCUACCUGCUUCAAUGAGCGAGAAUGAGAAAUAUCUUGAUCUGCAGAACAGUACAAAAGAUAAGAACAUGACGCUGGCCUCGUACCUGGACCUGCAACAUGCUCCUACCAGAGAGACGCUAAUAGCUGACAUAGUUAAACAGGGAAUACCCAGCAAAGUGUACCCGGAACUCCAGCCACUCUUCAAAAUACUGGAGAUUGAUUUCCAGCCUCUUAAGCUGUGUAGUUUGGUGAACAACAUGUUAGCUGAGGUAGAGAAACUUUACCCCGAUUUGAGUCCGUACGCUGCUGAUGUACGACAAGUUGCUGUUUUGAGACUCAUGAGACAGCUGGCUCAAGUGUACGACAAGAUAUCUAUCAGCAAGGUCGUGUCUCUAAUCCCGUACAUAGAGCCACUAGAACUAGAGCUACUGAUUAUAGAACCUGCUAAAACACUAGACCUGCAACUGAGAAUAGACCAUGCUACUCAGACCUUCAUAUUCGGUAGCACUAUUCAGUACCAGAGAGAAGAGACUGCUAGUGGACCUACAGUACAGCAGAUGCCUAGUGAAAUGUUCAGAAACCAGCUCGUGUUGCUGUUCCGCGCUCUCAACAAGAGUGUUGACCUCAUUUCACCCACUAUGAAAGUUCAAGCAAAGGAUGCGUUACGGCACGACUCUAUCAGUGUUUACAUGAAGUCCGCAAAGCGCGACCAGAUGAACAUGAUCAAGAGGAAGGAGAUGAUAGAGCACAGAAAGGAGUAUUACGAGAAUCUCAACACAGAGAAGGAGCGUGCAGAACUGCAGGAGCGUGAGAAGACACGUCGUGAGGCAGAGAAGGCAGAGACAAAGCGUCGUGAUGAGGAGGAGAAGAGGAGAACUGAGGAGAGGAGUGCUCGCGAGGAGAAACACAAGGACAAGCUCCUCAAGAUGGAAAAAGUCAAGAAACUCAUGGAACAGCUGGGAGAGAAGCCGUUUGAAGGGCUGACAGAGGAAGAACUCCUUGGAAUGGAGGAAGAGGAGUUGCUGGCACGUGGUAUCGAGUAUAUGAGCAAGGAAAAGGAUGAUCUCAAACACAAGAUGAAACAGGUUGAGAAGCGACUAGACUACUACACUCGAGCACAGCGUCUUGUCGAGAUACCUCUGAUGAAAGAAGAAUGGGAGAAGUCUCAAGAGGAUGAUAAGAUAUGGUGGGAGGAGAAAGAGGCUACUAGGAUUGAGAUGGCCAUCAAGAAACGAGAACACGAUAUUUCUACCAGGAAGCGGCUACUAAGAAUGAAGGACGAUAAGGACGAAUUUGUAUCUACCAUCUUAUCUCAGAAGGAGAUGCAACACCAAGAGGAAGUAAACAGAUUCGAAGAGGAGUUGUUGAGAGUGAGAGAAGAGAGAAAGGAUGCUAAAAAGAUGGAGAUUUUGAAACAGCUCACAGAAAAACGAAGAAAGGAAGAACUUGCUAAAGAGGCAGAGGACAAGAAGAAACAAAAGGAAGAAGAGCUGAGGAAGUUCAAAGAAGAGAAGAUGAAGAUAGAUGAAGAGGCUCGUGAAACCCAAAUGAAGCAGGAAGCUAGAAUGAGGGCUGUAGAGGAGAAGAUGGCACAGAAAGAUAGGGAGAGAUCUGAUAGAGGCGGAGGUGGUGACAGAUGGGAUAGAGGUGGAGACAGAGGUGGAGAUAGAGAUAGAGGUGGAGACAGAGAGGUGGAGACAGAGGUGGAGAAAGAUGGGAUAGAGGCGGAGACAGAGGCGGAGAAAGAGGCGGAGAAAGAGGCGGAGACAGGGGAGAUCGCGAUAGAGGAGACCAAGAUAGAGAUGAAGGGCCGUGGCGUCGAUCUGGAACCCGUAAUGAGAGUCCGGUGCGACGAGAAGAACCUGUGCGACGAGAAGAACCUGUGCGACGAGAAGAACCUGUGCGCCGCGACGAACCCGUGCGACGAGACGAUCGAGGAGACCGUGACCGUGUGGAUCGUCGAGACGACCGCAGAGACGACCGGGGAAGAAGAGAUGAGUUUAAACGAGACGACAUGCGAGGUGAAGACGAUAGUAGAGGGGACGAGCCACAACCUCAGAGGAAGAGACUGGUUUUGGCACCGCGCACCAAACCUACUGAGAACGUUGCUCCACCGAGACGUUCUGAGCCCGUCGGAGGAGCGCAACGUGACGGAAUGGAACCUAGAAGUACUCCAGAAGGAAGAGACGGACAGCGAUCAUCUGCUUCUGCUCGACCACGAGGAGACGGUGAAGAGCAGGAUGGUUUUAUCACAGUUACCAAGCCGGCUAAGGGAGCAUACAAGCCACCCCAUCGCCGAUAAACUAUUCAUCAUAUUGACAAUGAUUGCUGUUCGCUUGAAUCAGUACAGCUGUGAUUGAGGGUCUUAAUUUAUCUGAUAGUAACCUUUUGUAAUUGGCUUGUUGUCUUUUAAAAUCUUACUUUUUUUUGGCAAAUAGGUGUUGUGUUUUGUUCUUGGAAGGUCAUAGUUCAAAAAUGUCUAAUCAUCAUUCAAAUUUCGCGGGGAUCGUUCACAGAAAAAGUGUAUAUACUAUGUAUGUACUAUAUUGUAUAUAUACUAUUUCGAACAACAACUUUCCCAGUCAUAUAACUACGCAUCUGGAAUUAUUAAUAUUUGUUUCGUUUGACGCUGCAUAGUAAGAGAAACUCUUUUAUGUUCAAUAGUAAUGUCAAUAGAAAAUAUAUGUAUCAAAAUUUAAAUAAAAAGAAAACACCUAGCUUGUGACUAAUUUUAUAACUUUCGAUAAAUUAAUGAAACUAUAUUUGACUCUAUAGAUGUC